CGCCCAGGAACGCAUGCCAGCUAUCUCGGCCCGCGGCACUCACUGCUGCCAAAAUACCGGCCGAGGGAAAGCAUGUUUUUGAAGGGGGGCUCACUAUCUUGCUUCUCCUGCUUAUGUCUGUAAGUGUGUUAUCACCCUGGUCUCGGGACGUCCCAGCGUUGCUGAUUUGGGAAUUCGAUCGCCCUUUCCUCAACGCUUCUUGCUUUGUUGCUGCGGUGCACAGAUUGGAGUCUCUUGGGUCAGAGUUUGCUCAGGACUCGAGUUUGGAGUGUCAGGCGUAACGCUCCAUCGGUCUUGCGCGACUACGUGCUCUCUCUUCUGGGGGCAAAACUACCACGAGCGUUCGCCGUCGCUCAGACGCACACUCUUGGCGACACUGGAUGAAGGCCCUUUGUGGAGACCUGUGAAGCUGGGCACUGUAGCCUGGGACAUGCAAAGCAAGCACUUGAAAUGAGCCUUUGAUCUUGACCAGAGUCGUUUCAGCAAACGCUGUCUCUAAAGGGAUGAAGUCUUUUGCACACCUUGUCACUCUGCUCCUCGUCUUGGCAGACGGCAAACUUCUGACCAAUGCCGAAGAAUGCAACCAAAGCGAAAACAUGCUGGUGCCAGGGCACUGGUACCAGUACGAGUUUCACAUCAAAGCGGAAGCGGCAUCUGUGGGCAGCACCGACGAUGUCAGCGAAAUGAACUUGGCAUGCCAGGUCAAGCUCUCCCACAUUGGCACCUGCAAGUAUGUGUUCGAGAUUCAAGAAUGUGCGUUCUCAUCCGGAGGUGGCCCUCCUGGUCACAAGGAGCUGUGGACAGAGCGUGACGACCUCUCGGAGAUGACAAAGUUCCCUGUUGUGAUGUCGCUCUCUGAUGGUGUGGUGACUGGACUGGAAGUUUCGCCCUCUGAGUCAGAACACAUACUCAACAUCAAGCGUGCCCUGAUUUCAGCCUUUGUAUUGAAGAAGUCGCAUAUGAGAGGAGGAGCCGAGACAUCGCGUGUGGACAUUCACGGAACCUGUCCUUGGAAGAUGUGGCCCGGCACUGAGCCAGGAGUGGCCCACAGCUCCAAGGACAUGCUUUACUGUGCCUACCCCGAGAGGCCCGAUUGGAACCUGAGUCCUUGGGCCAUCAUGUGGAACUUGCAUUUCAUUCAGUACGUGAUAAAUUCCACGGUUGACUGCACCUACCGUGCUUCCGAUCGUGGUGACCACUUGGUGUCUCUUAACUGCCACGAGAGGCAUGCCAUCAAACUGGAAUCCACACACGACACCACAACAGCCGUCCAGACCAAUGUCUUCUACGACAUGUUGCUGAAGUCUCAGGGAGCCACUGAAGCAUCAUCCAACGACCUCGGUGACCUCCUUGACUUGGUACCAGCAGGAAUCGCUUUCAAACACCUUCCCACGCCAGACCCGACACAGGCACGACUUCACGAAAGUGAGAAGGCGAGACUGGGAAGUGCGGCACGCGACAAGCUGGCUGAGCUGGUCCUUACGGCCGAAACAGAGAUCAGGCUGUUUACAAUUCCGCUCUUCCACGAGUUCAUUGAACUGUUGAGGGAAAUGGACGACCUGGUGGACUUUGUAGACUCUGUUGCCAACUGCGACCGCAGGCCAGAUGACGUUGGCAUUGGGGAAAACUUGUGCACGGAGAAAUGGAAGACGCUGGCCAUGUCCUUCCUGAAAGAUGCCCUGAUACAGAGCAACACGGUGCCGACAUUGCGGGCAUUCCGUCAUCUCGUGACCAAUGGCCACGUGGGCCAGGCCUACCUGCCGCUCGCAUUCCACAGCUGGAGUUUUCUGCGCAACAAUGACACGCGCUACCUGGAAGAAGUGUUUGAAAUCUGCAAGUCAACUGAGCACCGGAUGUGUUGGCUUCUCUUGGGACGUAUGGUACGAAAGUAUCACACCAACAACGAAGACAAGAAUGCAGUGCUUCCUGUGUUUGACACCAUCUUCAAACACAUUACUGCUUUUCUCGGGAGAAACUGUGAUAUCAACGCGGCAUCUUAUCCACCCCUGUACGCCAAGCCGCAGAAGAUAAACCACCUUAUCAUGAUGCUGAAGGCUCUGAAAAAUGCGGGUACCAUAGCCCAGGUUGCCAAUCGUGAUUUGGAAGCAACACUGAUGGGCUGUGCUCAAAACCGAGAUCUGCCCAUUCCAGUUGCUGUGUUUGCAAUCGAGGCUAUGCACGACUUUUGGCCAACGUACGACACCUUGUCGUCAGCGAGAAGCCUGCUUGGUGACCGCACGAGGCCUUGGGAGGUGCGCAUAGCAGUGUACAAGUUCCUGACCAGGGAGCCGGACCGCUGGAAGUUCGGCAAGGCGGUCAGCAAUGCACUGGAUGGCGAGCCACGUCACUCAGAGUUGGUGGACUACGUCGUGUCAGACUUUCUCGACUCUCUCCCUGCGGAAAUGAAGGCGGCAUUGGAGGAAGGCAAGUUUGACACCGACAGCAUCAUCCCCGGAGAAAGGUUCUACACCCCUGAGAGUCACUAUGGCAGUGACAAAAUUCGGAAGUCAAACCGCCGAACGCUGGAGAGGCACAUCAGGUUGCCUUUCUUGCCAGCUGAGCUGAGCGACUUUGCUGUGAAGAUCGGCUCUGAAGAAGUGUACGGUGGCUGGCGGAACCUUCUCUCGGACGUCUCCAGAAACGUCACCUUGCAGCUGUUUGGCACGGAAUUUCACUUUGCUGACAUCACUGUUUUCCUCAAAGAGAUAGAGCAGUUUGUGCUUGGCGCCGCAAAGCUCAAAGAUGGCCAGUGGCGCCCCGACUGGGAGGCCUUCUUCGACCUGCUUCUGCCAAAAGGUGGCGCUUCCAGACUGAAGCAGCCACUGAGGCAUUUUCCGAAGCUCCAGGAGGGAUUGAAAAAGAUUCUGGAUGUCCUGCCACCGGUGGGGCGGAUGUCACUGACACCUGUCGUGGAUUUGAACAUGUUCGGCACAGACCUGACGUUCUCAAGUUACGGCGAAAUCAUUGCGGCCCUCAUCAGUGCAUUCAUGCCACCCGAGCCCUUGCACGAGCUGUUGAGACAUCCUCGGUCAUUCGACAUUACGCGCACCAUCCGUAUAAUCGAGGGUUACCACCAGGUGCCAACCAUGCUGGGUCUGCCACUCAACUGGACUACCAGUGCUACCCUGGUGGCUUCGCUGAGAACUGAGGCGCAUCAGGACCAGCCCGAGCAAUCUUGCUGUCAAAGUGCAUCCAAGCUUGUCCUCAUUGCAACUGUUACAUGCAGCAUAGUGUCUCACAUGUUCGGCUUCUACAAACACCUGUUCCACAUGCCAGAAGAAGCUCGUGACAGCGUCGUUCAUGAGGCAGUGAUGGGAUCUAAAGGGCGUGAAAGUGGAGCGCUGACCUUCCUGAAUCGCAUGGUGCUCGAUUUCCCGACGAAGACGCGAAUAGGAGUUCAGGCCAACAGCUCUGCCUACACGACUACACAGCUCAAUGCCCUGCUGAAUCUGCAACAGCACUCCGCUCACGUUGAGGUUGAAAUCCCAAGCAAGGAGCAGAAGAUCCUUCAGCUUGUACGCACUAACCAGAUGAUCAAGCACGACCGCAUUGAAGAAAUGGGCGACUGGAACGUCCAGCGUGUCAACGUUGACUGGUGCACCGGUGAUGGUCUGGGGCGUGCCACGGGCUUGCAGUUUUGUCACGACCGGUCGUAUGCCAACGUCACUCACCUGAUGAGACCAUGGUUCCUCAUGGCUGCGCCUGCGAGCUGGCAAUUUGUGCUAAAGCCAUACAGCAAUGGUAUAACAACAAUUGCAGUCGCGGCAGUACUUCCUUCAAAACACAACAAACUCAAGAUCGAGGUCAUCACAAAAGGCACAAUGACAAAAAGUCUGCUGACGUAUCAGACUAAAGCUGAUGGUGGGUUUGAGCUUGUCGUUCCUGACAUGCCUUUCCUGAGGGCAGCCAUGAAGAAAAGAAACUCUGAUGUUCAAGAUGGGGGCAACGCAGUUGUGACGGAAUAUGUCCUUGGAUACGCGCCGGGGCAGCAACUUGUCCUCAUCUAUGAGGACCGGUCCAAACAAGAGCAGAGGCAGAAGCCGACCAAGGAGGCCAACCGCAUUGCCAAUGGACAGAGGGUGACAGUUGGUGUGAGACAGAGGUCACUCAACGUGCAGACCAGUUCCAACGUCUAUGGGCUUUCUUGGACUGUGAACACACAGCCAUCCGGAGUCAAGCAGGAGCUGAGAUUCAACUUUGAAAGGGGACCAGACGGCAGCGUGGCCUGGCUGAGGGAGCUGCUGGCAGACGAGUUUUUCACUGAAGACGGCUCUGGUGGCUGGGCUCAUUUUCUCCUUCAUUGGAGGGCACCUUCCACCCUUGGAAGAUUCAAGGCAAUGCGAUCCUCGCACAGUCACCUGUCAACUCCCAAGACAUCGCUUGACCUCAGGACUCACUUCCUCGAGUCCAGGUCACGGCACCUCCUCCAAAUGAACCUCACCAAACUGGAGAAGGCAACACAAAGGCUCCUGGCCUUUGCCAACUACACCCAGGAUCACUGGAUGCACAUAAAAGGCGAUUUGACAAAGCGCAGCGCCCUCUACAACCUCACCGUUUCUCACCACUCUUGGGCUGUCAAGUUUGAGGAAGAAUCUCGGAAGAGCACAGCAGAAGUCCAGGGACAGCUCAUGCUUCUCAGCGAGAAAAUGCAAAGGCGUCAGUCCGACUGGGGAUUCUUUAGCACAUGGUGGCAUCCCAGCACCAGCCAUCUUUUUGAGGCCAAACAUGGGAAGACCAAACUUUUGUGGUUAACCAGACCUGUCCGUAGAGGAGGCUCCAAGAAGGGUUUGCACGCUACAGCACUGGAGGCUACGUUGCAACACCAUGUUGCAGACGACGAGCCUUUUGCACUGGAGCUUAAUGGAAAUCUGACACUGAUGCCAUCUGGCGUGGAGGUUGGCUGGCUGCUGGGCUCACCCAACAGCGACCUCAAGUGGGAGGUUUACUCAAAGUAUGCUGGGCCGGCGGCAAAGGGUGGCAGUCUGCCCUCCGAGGUCACCUUUCUCUCCGCCAUCCACCAGAGGGACCAGACUGUUCGUGCAUACAGGCUGCAGGUGAGAAGUUCCACGGAGCCGUGUCUGACGUGGGAACUCAGGCACAACAUCACCUCGGAGCCGUGGUUGUACACGUCGAAUGUCACCUACGCUUGCGACCCCCUGACGUAUGGUACAGAUGUGGCCAAGUCACACAUGGACCUCACAGUUUUCUCAACAUCGCCGAUCUGGGACCUACUGAACGUGGACCUGAACCAGGUCUUCGAGCUUGGCACAGUUGGCUACGAAUCUAUGAAUUUGACAUCACCCUUUGGUAAAGUGGUUGUGACUGGUCGGUGGGAUGCACACUCUUUGGUAAAAGAAGCAAGAUUCACUGACAAGAGCGCGAACUGGAUUCCAUUGGAAACAGUUUACAAUGAAGAGAAGGACAACUGGAUCUUUGACGUGAAGUUGACACCUCGCAAGGAAUCCACGGCAUUCAAGAUGAUGAAACUUUCCAAACGGUCUAGGCGAAGUGGUGCAGCCAUCCUUUAUGAUGUUAGAAUCAUCAGCAAGCAUCAGGAUUCGGACCCACAGGCCGAGGAACUGAAUGUAUUCCAGGCAGUGGUUGUGCCCCGCAAGUCGGAGAUGGCAGUUCGAGCUCUGGCAAACAAGCUUGUGAUUAAGGAACUGCUUGAAACCGCGGCAGAGUACAUGCACGUGGUCAUUGCCUCCCUCUACAAUCCAAACCACCCUUUCAACCUGAUCGUCUACCGACUGACAGGAGCUUCCUCUGGAGAUAUUUUUGACACGGAGAGAGAGAAGAUGCACAACUUGCUCGCAGAAGCAUGGAAGAUGUCGCACGAAGUGCUUGGAACAUUCCAUGCCAUUUACGAUCCUGUCAUCUACAGCAGCUCUGCAUUGGUCAGAAAAGCAGCUAGUGGUUUGGAUGCAACACAUGAAGCCUUUAAGCAAACAAUUCCUGGCUGGGCCUUCUACUAUUUCAACCUCGACAGCGUUCUCAGUUACACUGCCCAUCAUAUACCUGAGCUGUCAGCACAGCUGGCAACGAUCUACUUUACACGGCCAGCCAGAGUGCCUGGAGUGGUGGAGUUCUCUGCCAACGUACCGCCCUUUCCUUCGUAUGGCAGUGUUGGACAUCUGGUCAGAAAUCUUCUGCAGACCCAGCCGGCACAGUCGUGGUCACUGCCUCGACUCGAAAAAGGCCAGAAGGUGGCAGCCAUAUUCGGCAGUGGGCACGUGGUGACCUUCGACGGUGCAUUCCUUGAGUUCCCCAGCUACCCGGCUUCGUACUGCACUUACCUUCUAGCGCAUGAUGUUGGCGGUCGCCAGUUUACGCUGACAACCAGCGCCGAUGACCUCCUGAUCGACUUUCCAGAGAUCUCCCUCACAAUUUCGGGACAGGAAGGCAGAGUGCUCGUGAAUGGAAGCGAAGCACUCGUUCAUCUUCCUCUUGUGUCCAGAUCAGGGCAAGUGGAUGUGUACCGGGAGGGUCACCUAGUGAGAGUGCGAGGACAUGGCUUGACCAUUUAUUGCGACGCCACCAAGUUCUUCUGCACAUUCGUUUUGGACCGGUCUCACCAUGGCAACCUUCUUGGCACACUUGGCAAUGCAGAUGGCAAUGCUGGCAAUGAAUAUGAGCUUCCCAAUGGGCAAGUCGCUAAGGACGCCGCGCAGCUUGCCGCCGGCUACGAAAUCAGUGGCUACGCGGAGUGCAGGGCACUGCUCAACCCCGUCAAGAGCGUGCGGGAGAACGUGGAGGAGUGCCGCCAGCGGAUGCCACAGACGCUCAAGCACUGUCUGAUGAAGACCAACAUGGAGGAACUGUUCCAGGAGGCCUGCUCGUGGGAUGUCAGCCACCGGGCGAGCACCUGCACCAGCGUCAACGCCAUGGCGGCCUUCUGCACUCACCACGGCUACUGGGUCGACAACCUGCACUGCGACCACUGCCUGAACUUGCCAGAAGCGCAAGGCCAAAAGACCUUCCAGGUCAAGUCUGGGCCUCUCCUGGAGGUGGUCGUGCUCUUGGCCGAGAGCUCGUUUGAUCCCCGGGUGGCCACCUCUGUGCUUGCCGGCACUCAGAAGCUGGUGGAUGCUGUGGACGCGGUGUUCAAGGCACGUGGUCACGACACCAAGUACGCCUUUGUGCUCAAUGGCGGUGGCCGCGGUCACCACUACCGGAGCCCUCACCUGCGCACGACAGCCAAGGAUGUCUUUGUGCCGCACAUUGAUGCUGCUGGCAAGCUGCUGAGGAGUGUAGGCCAGAGCAGCAAGGCUGUGGCCACUGACCUUGCACUCACCCUUGACUAUGCCCUGGACACCGUGCCCUUCAGCACUGAAGCAGCGAGGGUGGUCCUGGCCAUUUCUGCUAGCGACUUCAAUAGUUCACGAGGCGAGCUGGACGUGCUUCACGACAAAUUGCUGUCCUCUGGUGUCACCCUGUACGCCUUCUCCCACUACCCAACUGUGGACCAGCGAGGCCGCGUGUUUGGAUUGCGUGCUGACGGGCUCGUCUUUCCCGAGAGCUCGGCUGGCGAGGAGUACCUCGACUACCCUUCCAGGGCCGGCCUGCUUGCUAAACUGGCUGCAGCCACCAAAGGAUCUGCUUUCCAGAUCCAGUUUGUUGAGGCUGGCUUGCCUGCCGAGUUCUUCAGUGUGGUGGCCCAGGAAAUCUUUGCCAAGGUUGGCAAGGAAGCCAGAGGCUGCAGAGAGUGUGAAUGCGACAGGGGUCGUGCAUGGAGCCCUGUUGCUCGGUGCAGGCCAGUCGGUUGCUGAGCCAUUCCUUGCUGCCUUUACUUCAGAUGCACCAAGCAAGUUCAAGGAACAGUUGCAACUUGGGGUAGCAUUUAUUUUUACCACCAAAGCUGCCGGUAAAAAGUGGUGUCUAGACAAUUUUCGAAAGUCAUUAACAGGCACAGUGAUUAGCAUGUCACAUGCCACUUGACCACUUAAAGGCCAACUGCAACAAAUUUUUAGAGCAUGUAAAAAAGCCUAGUUUAAGAUAGUGUACAAAUAGAGGAGCCUCAGUGCAAAAUUUUGAGUUUGAAAUACGAAUUGAAAAUCUCAAAAAAUCUAUCAAAAAUAGCUGUUUUUUUAUACCAAAACAGAAAAGAAAACGCUGCCAUUAUCACUCACCAGGAGUGACACAUAAUCUAGAGCGUGCAGCUCCUUGGCUUGACCUCGAACUAAAGUGGCUGCUCGUGGGGUGUUGAAAUAUUAUGGAGGCAGUGCGGUGGGACUUACGUAAUAGCGACAAACACCAGGUGCAUGAGUCAUCUGCUUAGGUGCUGUUUAAUGGUUGCUAACAAGAAAACUAUACAAUUACCAGCCGUAUGGCUUUGCCAAGAUUGUUUUAGUGGUAUAUACUACUCAUAUGUAACAACUUUAGCCGCAGUAAAAUUAUGUUGCAGUUGGCCUUUAAGCAGGAGUACUUACUCAGUCCACAAUGGUAUACUAACACCCUUUAAUUUUGGUCAUUCCAAAUAAACAAGCGCUAUGCAUAGAUCACACAUUGACAAUCGUGUCUGCAAAAUAGGGAGUUUUAGUAUAGCGGAAAACGCUUACGUUAGCGUGCGACGCAAUGCUAACGUAAAGAAAGGCUGCACUGCGCGGUACAAGGUAGUGUUUUAGAAUAGUGGAACGGAGCAAAACACUAACGCAAAUACACUUGGGCGCCAUCUCGAGGCGGAUACAGCAAACAUGAGCAAACCCUCUCGUUAAGCCUACUCCGCCGCUAAUCGAGAACGUAUAUCGAAAACAACGCCCAUUUGUCACCUGUACGCCGCUGUCGAAGCAUCAUCACACAAAUCUAAAGCAAACACAAGCAUUAAUGGGGGAACGAAUGAGCCUAACAGUGCAGGCCGACGACUCGAUAGAUCUGAAGUGGACGGCUCUCGCUUCAACAGGCGCCGCCAUCUUGCCCUACGUACGGAAUCCCUUGCGUGCGUUAGCGUUGAACGCUAUAUUCCGGAAAUAGCAUACGUAUGUAAGAGUUCUGGCUAUGUUUACGUUCUGCGUAUGCGCAGUUUGCAGCACACAACGCUAAUGCUAACGCUAAAUCCUUGCGUUUGCUGUUUUCCGCUAUACUAAAACUCCCUAAUAUCUCUGUAUCCUGCAAAAACAGAUUCGCUUUCAUAUAACAGCAUCUGUGCCCUUAUUUUGAGAGCAGCCAGUCUCCUUGUGAGCAAACAUGGCAUCACGGGUUCCAUGUGCAACUUCGGAGGGACAGACACAGUGUCACUGGCACAAAUAGCUACCAGCAGUGCGAAUGCAGGCAAACUUCUAUAUAAUGAAUGUGGAUAUAACGAAUUUCACAUAUAACGAAGUAAAUCCAAAAUGUUUCUUGUUCAUAUGAAUGAGGGCGGUGAUGUGGGUUUGCUGGUAAGUCAUACUUAAAUGGGACAAAAUGUUGCGCAACACCAACACAUAGACACAAUAAUGAACGACACACGAAUAAGAUUUGGUCCCAUGGUUUUCUUGUAUUCCACUGCAAUACUGCUCUGCAUGGUUCAAAGAAAUGCUAUGCACCAAUUUUACACAUAGCAGGCGAUGCUGCGAAGGCUAGAGAGACUUCUCUCCCUGCUAGCAUCCACAACCAAAAGGAGUGCCUCACAUAUGAUAGAAAGAUAUAGCUACGCACCAUAUAAUUUGAUGUUAACGUAUGUCUCGUACUUUAUGAUGCAAAAUAUGACGUGUUUAUUGCAUGAAAGGCAUAGGAGAUCGAAAUCUAUUUACCACCAAACAAGCGGAGUAACACGUUUCUAUGAGCAGUGGCCACAGCACAUCACUGGUGCUCGCGACAAAAACAUGGCACGUCGCCUGCUAGAAGCACAAAUAUGCACAUGUGUGAUUUUAUGUAAAGUUGCAUCCUCAAGUAGCACUUGAAAUGUAUGACAUAGUUAUUUCGUAGAAAACGUUACAGACCAAGAACAACUGCACUUGAUCGGAGUGAGACAUCUAUGGCCGCACUAAUUGUGUAGUUUCCACAGCGUCACCUGCUAUAUGUUUGAAAUGGAGUAUAGUUAAAUUAAAAGCAAACUCUGAGUUGACAAGUUUGAUCAUCGAAGCACAACAUAUGAACUAUUUCACUGACAAGUCCAUCAGAAAACGUUUCAUAUCAUUGCAGGUUAAGGGACUUGAAUACUUAUGCAUGCCUGGAUAGGUUUGUCAUAUGAAAUGUGUCAUGGUGGCUCGUGGUUGUAUGCAGUUUUUAUAAAUUUUUAGAGAUGUUUUUCUUUUUCGUAUUUGGUACCUUCGAUCGAAAUGUAUGUUGACACAUGGCUUGUGACGCACGUGACGGGUGUAUAGUACAGCUGGUCGCGAAAUAAAUAUUUUAUUGUUGAAAGUAAGCUCUGAGUGUCUGUCAGUCAUUCCUUCAUGUGUCCAUGUGCUGGUGUUGUGCUACGCUUGACCUCAAUUCAGUAUCACUGAUAGUAUCAGCAUCUAAUGAAAAUAGGUUUAUAAUGAAUCUCGGAUAUAACAAAAGUAUUUUUGAGCUAGAUUCGACUUUCCUGUAACAAGAUAACACGAGGAUUCCCCUGAAGUGCAGAGCGUCGUGAAAUGGCCCUUCGGGAAAUGCACCAUGCAGCUUGAGAGUAUAAAAACAAAAGGAGAUAGGGCUUGUGAGGUAAAUGUCACAUUGGCCCUGGCUAUGAUCUGGAAGGAGGCACGGGAUAAAUACUGUUGCUUGCAGGCUCUAUUUGAGGCAAUAGGAGAGAGCAUCCGCUUUGGGGAGGGAAGCUCAUGUCUCUGCACUCUCACCUCACAGUUUUGUGUGUUUCUAUCUCCACUACUAUAUUAUUACUAUACUAUAGAUAUUUAUUUCUAUCUUCGCUACUAUAAAGGAAUGUCCCUGAAACUAAUGUUCUGACUAGGAGACUCGUCCCCUUGUCAGUGCUUAGUUGUGUUUUUGUUGGUCCUACUUCUUGAAAGGACCAGCAGCACCCCUUCCCAUUCUCUUGUCAUAAAGUGGGUAUGUGUAACUGGCCAGAUCACCAAUUUGUUUUGUCGAGUGACCGUGACUUGGCUCAGUGCUACAAAGGCUAUGGGGAUGAGGCAUGAUUGGCUGCUGCCGAGUAUGGUGGCAGAAAAGACUAGUAUUUGUCAAGACUUGACAAGUCCCAGGAACCCUGUAUACAAAGGUGACAGGACAUUCUGCUCAGGCCUUUGUGAAAGUGUUUGUUUUGAACCAUACAAGUUAUGCAGCCAUUUUCUGCCUCAUCCCAUCGCCAUCACAACAGUCGUUUCUGUCACGGAAGAGGUAUUGCAGACUAAUUUCCUGGCAACAAUAGCCUGCUGCUGCUGCCAUAGACCACUGCUCUAUGUGGUGACGGAGUCCUGCCCCAUCAGAAACCAGUCGGUAGACUCUUGUGCAUUGCCAACUGUUGCUGAGAAACCCCACAUAACCGUCUAGGUCUCCCAAACCCUUGUGUGUGCCAGUCGCUAGUCACUGAAGUCUGUUUAUACUACUUCUUGACUUCAGGAAUGCAAAUUUUUGCACAACUAUUUAUUUACAUUGUAUUAUACUCAAUAUUCAGUGUGCAAAAUGUGUGGGACAACUACAAGAAAUUCAUUCGGUUUCACAUAAACCAAAGUUCGCUUGGGCAACAUUGCAGCAACCUACCAUGUGUUGCAUAACUAGGAGUGCCAGGUAUAUGACGGUUCUUGCUAAACUGCUUGCUCAUUUGCGCUCAAAUUUCACUCAGAGGCAGCAUUUUCCAAUGACCUUGGUUUAAUACUGAUUUUGGGCAUUACAAGUUUUGUUUACAAUAAAUCUAAAGUGGGUGUCCUGUGCGAGUAUGAAAUUUGAGCACGAACAAGCUCUUGGCAAGAAGAGUCCUAUAUACAUAUCUGGUGCUUCUAUUCAUGCAAGAGUCAGUACAUGCCGCCAUUGUCCAUAUAUUACUUUAAUGCAUAGUGUACAACGCUGUGAAAGCUACACAAGAAGUUUGGUCAGCAAAACUUUCACUCCACGUGUCCCGUCCAUGCUUCAUUGCACAUCAACGGCGAUUUCUCAGGCGAGUACGCACGUGAGGCUGCCACUACGGGCUGCAAGUAAUAAACACGAAAAGAGUAUUAACAAUGAAAAGCAAAUUCAUCUAAAACAGUGCAGUUUGUUUUUAAGAAUGAAAUGUUUUUUUUUUUUCAUUCAAUACUGAUUCUAUAUAGGGACAGUUGUACACAAUUGGGUUAAAAAAAAAUUGAACUAUUUCCAAGUGGGAAUGCAGCCACUGCAAAAAGUCUCUCUAGCCUUCACAGCAUUGCACCUGAUGUAUGAAAUGGAGUAUAUUUUAACACUACACUCUGUAUAGCCAAUUGGUAUAUAAUUUGAGGCCCAAGUGUUGUUUAAGGCAUUGCAAGCCUUUCUUGACAGAAGCUGUCCAUCACAACAAAGGCAGCAGAUAAAGGCGUCGCCGAAUAAGUGUGUAUGUAGGUGGGAGCCAAGAAGUGAUACGCAAUGGGCAGCACACCUUAAACGUCACACUACUGAUUUGAUAUAAACUGUGUUGUUUCUUGCAAUUAAAUAAUCUUCAUUGUUUCUACCAUUGAUACUUGAUUGUUUGAGUCAUUUGAAAUACUAGUGUGGGUUUAGAAAUUCGUGCGGUGUCUAUCGCCUUGCAAGCUACUGACUCCACACCACGAUUGUAAGCAUCCAUGCAGCAGGCACGUUUACCGUGGUGGUCCGAAUUCCGGGAGACGAGUGGGAACAACACACAGGCAUUUGCGUGCGAGGCAUUUAUUACUCUAUGUGCGAAAUCAUAUUAGACAGUGUUGGUAUUCCAGAGCCGAAUGGAAAAUGUUUGGCGGGCUUUGUUGGCUGGCAUGCAUGAAGUACACAUUAUCAUCCACAUGUGCUAACGUUAAUGAAACCAAAGAGACAAUGAAUUUCUUGACAUGCCUGCACUACCCACGGUAGUAGUCGAGCAGUCACGCCAUUUUCCUUUUCAACAAAGCUGUUAGUGGCAAUAGAAGUGCUCAAAAAUGUUAUAUGCGACUGUUCACAGUGUCCUGAAAUAACUAAAUCACUCACCGUGAUUAUGUUUAAAGGGAAUGGGGGGGUAUGCUGGAAAAUUCUGAUGCGUGUGGGUCAGUCAAGGGCUAAAUGAAAAUUGCUAUACCAUCAUUUUUUUGCCUCUUUGGAGGCAUGAUAUGAAAGGCUUGCAACAUUUCCCUGCUCCCCUGAAAGAACUAAAGCCGUGUCGAGAUCAAUGACGAGCGACAAUCUGAACACAGUGAUGGCAAUUCUUCUGUGGCCCUUGUGGUCCUUCAAUGUGACCGUUUUCGGCAGCCACGUGCGGCAGUCAGUGUAAGUACCAUCAAUAGACAAUGCCACAUCCGUGACGGGCCAUCAGGUUUUGAACUAAGCGACCGAAAAGCUAACACAUGCGUGGGUGUGGAAAUACGUAUGUGGAGUACAUGGAAAUUAAAUGGCACUGGUGCUUCGUAAUGUAAAAUGUGGGAAAAUGUAAAAAUUUAUAAAGAACACACCUCGGUUGCUAUCCAAGAAUGCAUUUAGCAUGCUUUGGGAGGUUAUUUAUGGCACGAUGCUGCACUAUGUGUUAUGAAUGGUGCUCCCCUUACCACCGUGCCUUACCCUUAUGCGGGAGCCAUCCGGUGCGUCUACAAACGCCUCUGGUUACUGCAACCAGAGGCAUUCACGAGGAAAGAAUGCAAGAACACUCCCCAUACCAACACGCCAAUGGUGGCACCAUCACUGUGCAAUACUUCACAGUGGCACCGUAACAUAGAGCACUACACGUGGUGUUUGUUCUGGCCCUGGCCUGGCCAAAGCCCAAAAGUGUCAUGCGCUGGCCUGCCCGAGCUGGGCCGGUGAUUUCACAACUGGCCUGUACCCGGCUCAAGCACGAAAGAACCGGGCCCAGCCCGACCCAGCCCAGCCUGGUUCAGUUCGACUCACUAGCCCUUGAGCUUUAAUGAUGCAUGGCCAACUUUUCGGUUAUUGUUAACGUACCGGCUGAC